UUAGUAUGUGAUUUUUGACUGUCUAGACGUCUGUGCUUCAGUCUAGUUGCUGCACCCCUUUUCUGUGUAACGUGAUGAAUGUGGUGAAGUAUAAUAAUUAAUCUGUAAUAACGAAUUUUGCUCUUGUAUAUUUAUAACGAUGUAAUUCGGUGCCUUAAUGAGAAAUGCAUCUGUGAUCUGGAAACUGAGAAGUGACGUGGGCGGUUUACUUAUUUGGUCUCAGCUGUCAGCGAGGUGGCACGUACGUGUGAACAGGAUGGGCAGGUGGUGCAUGGAGGGAUUAUGGAUAAAAAUCUGGUUCAAGACAGUUUGUCACCAUGGUCACUUAAUGGAACCCUGUCUGACUUCCCUCAAUUUCAGGGUGUACAAGACAGAGAUCUGCAGAGCCAAGAUGGGGCUCCAUACUUGGAUAAUUCGAUGGUUGAUGAUCUUGUGGCAAAGAUAUUGGAUGAUGAUGCCUUUGUAGUUGGCAGUGGGCCUAAUGACUAUUUUCCAGGGGGAUCAUCGCAGAGGGAAUCCGACAUUUUCUCUCUGUAUAGUGGUUCCAGUAUGUUGGACAGUCGAUGGGCAGAGCAAUAUCAGAAUGGUGUGAAUGUAACUUCUCUUAAUCUUAGUGGUGUGGACAGCUUGGGCCCAGUUGAUGGACUAAAAAUGUCAGACUUCGGGCAGUCGCAAAUUGACAUUGGGAAAGAUUUUUUGAGCUCCAAUUCAGAGUACCCAUGCCUAAACCUAGGGUCAGUAGAGCAUGCCGAUUUUGAUGUGUUAAAUUUGACAGCAAUGCAAGGACAUUGUCCAGGUUCAGGUCAAGAUUCAGGGCAGUCAGUGCAAGCACUACCACCCCCUCACCCUCAGACAAGGCCCCUACAACCAGAUCCAUAUUCUGAGCAGCUCCAGUUGUGUGCUCAGCAGCAACAGUAUCAACCAAAUCAACAGGGUUUCAAUUCUUCCUCUGCUAUGGUGAAGGACCCUUCAUCUGAUUCCAACUUCAUGACUGGUUCGCCUCUGUCUCUUUAUUCAUCUAGCUCAGUUCCACAAGGUUCAGGCCCCCAUCAGCCAGCUCAAGGUCCUAUACUGUAUGGACAGGGUUUACCAAAUGACCAGCAGAUGUACAACUAUGUUCAGAUGUUGAGUACUACCAGCAAACUGAGUCUGAGCUCAAGUUCUAGUUCAGAGGCACUUAAUAAUGUGAGUGGUUACUCUGCUCCAAAUCAGUCACAAGUUUCAGCUCUUGACAGAAUCAAUCCUGUCCUACCCAAGAAAGAUUCCAAUAAGUCUUGCCCAUUCCCUGCAAGUCUUCUGCAGUUGGCCAAUGGUUAUGUGGGGAUGACAAGGCAUGACGUAUCUCAGACUAGUAGCAGCACAAUGUGUGAUGCAAGUCUGAACAGCCUUGACCAUCAGCUUUGCCUCUUGAAGAUAAAUGGAACAGCACAAAAAAUUAACCUGCCAUGUGUGUCAAGCAGCAAGGAAUCCUGUUCAAAUAUAGUGCCAGCCUCAUGUUCAGGUCCUGGUUCAUGUUCUAAUUCCCAGCAGUCGCCUCCAGUCUACUCUCCCAUUGGCUUUCCUCGAAACAUCAGCAACCGAUCUUCAAACCACAGCCAACAGUCCUUUGCUUCUGGUCUGAGCAAAAGAGAAUCUGGAAAUUUUGGUUAUGGCAGUGGAAUAAGAUUUGGAGGACCAUGUGGUAUGGAUAGAAGUGGAGGGAGUACUUACUCUCAGAACCAUAACAACAAUAACAAUAACAACGAAUUGGGGGGAAAGACUUUACAGGGCUUGACUGGAGUUCCUCAGCUGAAUCAACUUUCCAGUGGUAAUAGUGGAUCAGUUUUCAGCAGCACAAACUUCAUUUCUGGUAGUCCACCAACAUUUGAACCUAACUCUAGCUUCCUGCCAGCAGAUCUUCGUCCAAGCCUUCCUAUGUCAUAUGGUCCCCCUGGUACCAAUUCUCUGCCUCCAUUACACCAUUUGAUUCCUCCACCACCUUUGGAUGGUUCUCCCUAUCCUACAGAAUUGUAUGCAGAGUUGAUGACGAACAGAGCAGGCCUAGGAUAUCUACCACCAGGUCCUCCAUCAUCAUCGCCAUCAUCAUCCGAUAUGAUGCCAUUUUACGAUGUUUCAGGAAUAUUUCAUUUCUCACCACACAUGUAUGGCUUCAGGUCUGUUCGGCGCAGUGGACCAUCCAGUGAACUUCACUUACGCCUUGAAGAGUGUUAUGAUCAGUUCAAGAAUCUUGAGAAGGAACGCAAAAAGACAGAGGCUGAGCUUGCCAGGCACAAUCCAGGGAAGAAAGUUUCAUCUGCUAAUAACAUUCCUGUACCUAGACUCCCACCCAAUCCAUCACGUGUUGAUCGCCUCAUUGUGGACCAAUUGCGUGAACAUGCCAGGGUGAUCACACUGAUUGCCAAAAUGGAGCGACUCCGUGGUGAAGCUGUCAAUCCACAGAUUCAUAUGUCCAUGGAGGCAUGGCUUGAUUCCAUAAAAAAAGUGCAGGCUCGGCGUCGUGAUGAAAUUAUCAAUUCAACCAACCGACAUCAUAGUAUUGUGGCUGGGAUUCAGACUCCUCGUAUUCAAGAGGACAAAGAUAUACUGGCCCUAGCAGCUAGUAUUCAAGAACUAAGUGCAGGAUCUCGUAAAGCGCGAACAGGCAUGUGGUGUGCCCUAGUUGUGACACUGCUGAUGCAAGAACAAGAACCAGAGAACAAGGAGUCAAGGGCCACAGGAAUAGCAGAUGAAGUUGUCAAGGUGGAAGGUACCUCUGCUGUAUCUUCUACAGCAAAUGCUGUUCCAGCUGGUAGUUCUGCUACUGUUACUACUUCUGAUUCCACCACUAACACACUCAUCACCACAACUGCUUCUGCUGCUGCUAUUGGGAAGUAAAUGAACUAUAAGACAGAGGCUAGAAUCUUAUGAAGCUAGCUCAGAUGCAUUUGUUUAGAAGCAUUGACAUUAUUCUUUACCACUUUUUACCUAAGUUAUUUAACUGUUUAUUAACUUAUAUCAGUACAUACUUGCUAGUUUUUAGUAGAGAAUUCCUAUAAGAAAUGGAAUAGGUUCCCCCAUAGAGUUAAUAGUCUGAUGUUUUACUGUGGAUGUUACAAAAGGGAAGCAUUCUAUGCAGUAAAGUUUGUUAAUGAUUAUUUGAUCAUCUUGUUGCUGUAGAUGUGAAAGAGAUAUGAGCAAUAUGGUUUGAGUUGAGGCUCUGUUGGUGCAGAAUGCUAUGUUCUUGCUACCUGUACUGAUUUUAAUUUUAAAUACUCUUGAUGUUAUUGAAGAUAUUCUGAUGAUAAUUAAUGUUUCAGUGAUGCUAGAUAGAUGUAUGUAUUUAUCGAGUGUAGACUAGAGAGCAUGGCUGCAGAGUCCACUUGCUAACAUAUGAACUGCCUAAGGAAAGGGGCUAGAAUUUUGUUACUAGUUUUCGUAUGAUGCAAGGUUUUAGUACAUACACAAGUGUGAAUAAGAUAUUUCUCUUCUUUCUUAAAGAAUGAUUUCCUGUGCCUCAGUAUUCAAUGACUAGUCAUGCUCAUUGUUUCAAAGACCAGGUUUUGAAAAGACCUACAUUCAUAAAUGAAGUUUGAGUCAAGCUUAUAUGUUGUAUGUAAGAUAUGGUCUUGUCAAAGGAAGGGUCAAUUGCAAUGGAAACAUAUUGCCUUUUGAUUGCCAAAGUUUUGCCAGGUUUUCCGGCUUACUUGUCCUUUCAAAUGCUCUCUUCAAGUUACAGUGUUUUGUAUUAAUAAGAUGCAUUCUGCUAGCUUGAUGUGUUUAGCGUUCCUUAGAAUUUUCGAGUUUUUUACACAAUUUCACACAAUUUGGAAACAUUACUUGUACUACAAAAUUCUGUACAAACAUGUAUUUGUAUGUGAUGAUGCCAUUCAAAACUUGUAUCAUUGCACUUUUGUCAUCACUACCUUCUGCAGUGAAUCUUUUCUAAGACUGAUUGACUGUAGUUAUUGUCUUAAUUCUUCUUUGUUGCAAAACAAAAUUUUUAUUAUUAAGGUAACAGUGGAAGACAGAGGAAUGUUCUCAUAUUUAUUCAUUAUAUUAAUGUUUUCUUCAACUUGUUUUAAAAUAUUUGCAUCAAAGUUAGUAACUGUUGAAGGGCCACUGAUAUAUGUGUACCAUGAAUGUAUUUUUGGGUGCACUUUGUAAGUUGUAACUUAAUCAUUCUGGUUGUAUGCUCAAACGUGUUUGUCUUGUCAAUGCCUCCCUUCGUAAAUAAGCUUCAUCAGUUUCAUUGGAUGGUGCAUUGUGUAGAAAAAAUUAUGUUCCCUUCAUAUUUGACUGUAUUAGGAUGUAUCGUACCUCAAUAUUAUUAUUUAAACAAAUAACUGAAAAUAACUGCACUUGCAAAUAUCUGUAAUUUAUGUUGGAAGGAAAAGGAAGUUUUGUGUCUCCUCACCUUUCCAUUGGUUUGGUGCUUUCUCUCUGGCAUUGCUGACAUUCUAAACUGUGAUAUAUAUAUAUUUAUCAAGCCAAUACUUAUGUAGGAUUGGAAUAGCAGAUCUUUAGUCUCCUUCUUACACAAGCGGAAUUAAAUCUUAUGAGUGUUUAGGUAAUUCAGUGCUAGUUGUCAAAACUAUAGAGGACAAUCCUACUGUAAUGCAUGUGAUAUCAACUAUAAUGACUCGAAGAGACCAAACUUCUCAAAGGAACAUAGUUUAACUGAAGAUACUUUUUUUAUAUAGAGAACUGCAUGAUGAGUCUGCUUGUAUAACUCAAAAAUAUCUUUUAAAAACCUAUUUCAAAUCUUCAGUGUGAAAUGAUGAUAACCAGUGUUUUAUACUUGUAAGUGUGACGCUCCAUGACAGCAUAGCUGUAAAGUUAUUGCACCAUAUCAUUACUGUAUUGAAGUUAAAGUGUUAGAAAAUUUAGCUUUGCAACUUGUUGUUAGAUAUUAUAUGGUUACACCAUUGUAAGUACAUGAUUCUAAAUGGAGGUCAGUUGAGAAGUAGCAGCACAAAAACUGAUUCCAGUAUUGAAAUUGUUUUGUGGAUUAUGUCAUGUAUAGUGACCAUAACAGAUAUAAUUGUUAAUACUACAUUAUGAUACUAAAGUGUAAGAACCUUUGGCCAUGGAAAGGACUCAUAUUUAUUAUGUAGUAUUAAAGUAAGGUUUUAUAAGUGCUUCCAGUUUGGAGAUUUCUUGAACUUUCUUGCCACACAGUUAUUGGCAGGCAGGUACACAUUAUUUUUAGGUUCAAAGAACAUUAGUUGUGUUGUUUUUGGUAUUUAUCUUGAAUCUCUUGGUUUAUCAGUGAGUUUUACUGGUUCUUUUAUUACUGCCCUACUUUUCAUUGCUUCCUAUACUGGUAAAGGUGAUUUGUUAAGGAGAUCACAUUUUUACUUGUACAUUUUAAUAUGUGAUAUUGGGAACAAUGGUAACGUAAAUUCUCUCAUGUGCAGCCGUGGUAAUUUGCUGGUGCUUGUAUGUGUGAGAUUGCCUGUACCAUUAGUACUCAGGGACUAGAUCUUUCCCACCAGAUUGAAACUUCUGAGAAUUUACAGUUUCUUAAUGAAUUUGUGUUUAUGUCGUAACUAGAUGCUCAUUAACAUACUUGUAAAUAAUUGCCUGUAUUCAUAAAGUGAUUAUAAGUUUUGUAAAAUGGGUAUCUGUUUAUUAUUUUUUCUGGACUUAAUUUUUUUCCAUGACCAAAGGUUCUCAUUCAGAAUUCAUCUUGGUCCCUUUCUAAACUAUUUUUAAAUGAGCUGAUGUAUAUUUAAAAUUAUUCAAUUAGACUACUAAUAUUAUGAAAUAUUUUCUGUCACUGAAAUAAUUUUCUCAAGGAGGUUAUAUGCUAAAUUUAUAAUGCUUCCAGCCCAGUUUUGAAAACUAGAUGGUUUUUAAUUCAGAUUUUAAUGAAAUGGAAUUUUGUGAUCAUUCCUGGGUAGUCAGUAAUUGUCCAUGUCCAAAGUAGAUACGGUGUUCUGCAUGAAGUGCUACUGUUUGCAAUAACACUGCACAUAACGUUACAUAGCACACAAUGUGUAAUAUUGCAUGAUAGUGAAAGAAGGGUUCAGCAUCACUUACCUAUAUAUAGUUACUAGGUAGCUACAGCAAUAGUUGUUUUAUAGUUCACUUAAGUUAUUAAGGCAAAGCCUAGAUUUUAUUUAGUUUCAUGUAGUAAUUAACUGGAAUUUCUGUAUUUCUGGGACUGUCAGUAUACAUUUUUAAUAUUGACACCUUAUAUGUGUAUAACUGCAGUUACUUAUUUUUCCAUUGUUUAUUACAGUUACCAGUGUAUUAUUAUGUUUUGAACUUUAAUAUUGGUGCAGUAUGAACUGGCUGGGGCAGUAUAACAUAUUAUGUAUUUGCAAUGACUUAAUGGUUGUGAUACAUUAUUGAGAAAGGGUUGGUUUUUUGUCCUGGAUGUUACUUUUUAGCCAAGGUACUCCAAUGUUUAUUUGGGGCUUGCUGAAUGUUUUGGUAGAUUUCCUAUUCUUGUAAAAACUGCCAUUAGGCUAAGUCGUUGUGCCUCUAUUCUCCUAGACACACAUGCAAUGUGUUCUGUUGAAAUUCAUUCAUGUCAUUGUGCAAUUGUAUGUGUUGGGUAUUCAAUAUUAUUGAUACGCUUGUCCAGAUCCUUUAAAAUAUUCAUCCUCUUGGGUCUUGGAUAACACCGAAUAGGACCUCAGUGUAAUAACAUUACAUAUUCCCAUUUGCACUCGCACAAUCUCAUAACUUAUAUGAUUAUAUAUGAAAUACUAAUUAAAUGGGCUGUGGUAGAUUUAAUAUAUUCAUUGUGGGUGAUAUAAUAAUAACACUGUAUUUCUAGACGAAUAAUGAAUUAUUCACAGAUAUUGAUCAAAAAUAUUUUAGUGUAGUGAAGAAACCUAGCUUAGUGCCAUGACAAUUUUGGGGCAGGUCAGGACCAUAUUAGUAUGAGGUGCUCAUUGUUUUGUGCUGGAAAUGCAUAGCAGUAGAAUUUUGUCUUGGCUAGACAUCUAAUAUUCGAAUGGAUGUUUCUGUCUUUGCGUAAUUGUAAUUGAUGUAGGUUUACAGUAUUUGCUAUUGGUCACUUACAACAUUCUUAGUGCAUUAAGAAUGAGUAAUUUUCAUAGGAAAUAUAUAUUGUAUGCAUACAAACAUUAAUAAUGAUUUGCAAUAACAUUUAUCUGGCUAUGUGAUCUGACACCAUUAGUUUCGCCAUAUUUUGUGCAUAAAAAUGUAUUGCUAUGUUGGAUUUUGUAUUGUACACAAACAGGCAUAUACCAUAACCUCAACUUGAUAGUAAAACCAAUAGCAGUAUAGUACAGCAGAUGAAUUUUAGUACAUUUGCAUACUGUUGAUCAAUACUGCUGCAAAAUUACUUUAUUUAAAUGACUACACUAUAUUUAUUUAUAUAUGUCUUAUUUAUUUAAUAUUUAUUAACUAAAUGAAAACCAGCAUCCUGAACAUAUCAGGAUUUGAAGAGCUUAUAUUAACUUGGAACUCCUUGCAUUUCUGAAACAGUACUAAAAUAUUAAUUAAACUAUUGAGGUUUCCUCUCCAUUUUAGUGCAUAUGUUAGAGUACAAAAUGUGACUAGUUGAAACAUAUAAAAGUGAUCUGGUUUCUGAGAAAGGAGUGAAAGCAUUGUGUUGUAAGUUCAUAUUGAGCAGACUUUUUUUUAAAUUCAAAAAUGAAAAAUAUUUUGGUCUUCAUUUAAAGGGGAAAGAGAUAAGGCUUUUUGUCUGGAUAGAGAGAAAUAAAGUUUUUUCUUCAGUCAGGUCUGAAAUUUGAAGCCGCAGGACAGUGACACAGGAUUGUGUAAAAAAAAAGCUUUUUUAUAUUAUGUUCAGGUAAUUAUCAAAUUUAUACAAGAAAUUGCAGUCAUGCUGAUAUAGUGGAAAUAAUUGUAAUAAUAUUACGCUCUUUCACGUGUUUUCUCAGAAUCCAACACAUAGAAUGAUGCAGUGUUUCUCAUUCUCCUGACAAAGUCAUAUCGAAUCACUCCAUUCUGGAUUCUUAUAACUGAUAUUUUGGUCAUUAGACAUUUUAGACUAUAGAUAAUUUUAUAACACCAUUUCUUAUGACAUCUUUGAGUGAAGAUGCUCUUAGCAAGUGGUACAACCUUCCUGCAUCAUAUCAAAAAAUACAGACCUUUAACUUCCCUUGCAAUUUAGGUCUGAACCAGUGUUUUACAACCCAUGCAAAGGAAUGCCAGAAUGUUUGUCUGAGCUUAUUAUUCUAUCUGAUGUAAAAAAGCAUUUACUGUAUUUCCAUUAUGUUCUUGGCCACUGGCACCAUAACAAAUUUGUCAUUUAUAUAUAUAAUAAAAGCAUUUGUUUUAAAGAUUGAGGCCCAAAUUAAUGGAUGCUGUAUUCUCAAUGUGAAUAUCAGGUAAAGAACAAAUUUGUGUUAUCUUAUUGUCCUUUUAAACAUAUCCUUGGUUCAGUUUUUCUACAUUAUAAGAGGUGUGAUUAUAUUACUAAGUUUACCAGUAUAUUAGUUAACAGCUACAUUGAGUGACAUACGUUUCAUAAUGACUUUGGUCUUCUGAUUAUUCUUGAGAAGCAUUGAAUCACAAUACAGUUACUGAAAUUAGUACUAAAUGAUUUAAUAAGAAGUUUUGAUUGAAAUAAGUAAUUCAGAAAUUUUAUUGAGGGCAUGUAUUGUAAUGUACGGGUAUUUGGACCAGUCGUAUGGGUGUUUUGUAAGAAAGUAAAAGGCAUUGAGUGUCAGUACCUAUCCAAACAUUGGUUGCUAGUGGUCAUGUAUUGUGGAAUUUAUAAAUGAUAUUCAUGUUGUAUUAUUAUGCAGACACAAUAAUGUUGGUUACCUUGUGUGUGAGUGAGAGAAAGUGACCAUAUGUUAUUUUCUUUAUUUCUAUGUACACAGUACAGGAUGUCAUUUUAUAUUUGAUAUAGUAUCACUGUAUCUUAGUGGUACAAGUAAUCAUCCUUACAGUGUGUAUUUGUAAUAUAAAAAGCCCCAAAUACAUGAGAAGAGACAAAGCAUAGAAAUUGUUUUCAUUAUAUGCCUGUGUACUUUUGAAUAUUACAACUUCCUUGGUAAAGACUACUGUGAGGUAAAUAAUAAAAAUUACUGAAGUACCCAGUUGGAUUAUAAAACACAAGAUGUCAGAGGAACCAGUAUUACAUCCAGUGCUUCGAAAAAAGUCACUUCCAUUCUUAUACAACAAAUUGACUGAAAGUGCCAGUAUUUAAUUUUUGUGUUGUUCAGAAUAUUACUGUUUAGUGCCAAUGUGGGUAGAGCAUUAUUAUUGGGUUGUGUUACUUCACAUGCAUUUGGAGCUUGUCUAAAAACUGUUAGCUUUUAGCCAAUCACUAUGGAAGCAUCAUUAUGGAAAUGUAGUUCCCGAGAGCAAUGUCAAAGAAGUCAAUAGAAACAAAAGAACAAUAUAUUGUAUUAAUCCACUAUUUUGUAGAAGCAUUCCAGUGCUUUUUGCCUGUUUAAUACUGUCUCAAACAAAACAAACGAAAACUUCGUUCUGUGUUUCUUUAUUAAGUGUGUAAGUAGUUUUGUAGUGUCUGAUUUGGCUGAUAUUUCCAUACUUAAUGUAUUGUGUUACCAGUGUGAAAAAUUAUUAAGUUUGCCUGUGUUCUUGAAUUCUGAGUUUCAGUGGAGAUGAUUUGUUUUGAAGAACUGCUCACUAACAAGGUCUAUUUCUCAUAGUCCAAAGUUUUGGGUUGCAGUGCAGGAUCUUUAUUCUAAUGAAGUAAAAACUUAUUUUUCUUGCAGUGUAUCAGCUUUUCAUAUGGGAAAAGUUUUGGUGGUUAGAUUCAUAUAUAUAUUGCAUUUAAAAAUAAUACAAAUGAUGUGUUAUUUGGUUUAAGGUUCAAAAUUAGGGUUUUGGAUUAAUGAUAAAUGAUUAAACAAGUUAUUUUUGAUGUACUAGGUACUCAUUUGAGGGAUUAUAAGAUAAUAGUAUAUGAAUGCAAGGUUGAGAAGUGAAAAAAAUUGGUAGGCAGGAUUUUGCUUACAUUUUGUGCAAUGGUUUAAAGUGUCCUUUCUGUGUGAGAAUAUAAAAAUAAAGAUAAACCCAGUA